AUGACCGUUUGCAAUGCGUCCCUGGGUCACCCACCUUUCUUCAUUCUCCAAGGCAUUCCUGGGAUGGAGAACAAGCACAGAUGGAUCUCUGUCCCCUUCUCUUCCAUGUACUUCAUCACCAUCCUUGGGAACUGCACCAUCAUCUUCACCAUCUGCACAGAGCGCUCCCUGCACAAACCCAUGUUCCUGCUCCUCUGCAUGUUGGCCCUCACAGACCUGGGCAUGUCCACUACCACCAUUCCUAAGGUGCUGUGCAUCUUCUGGUUUGGCCAGAGUGAGAUCAGCUAUGUGGGAUGCCUGGUCCAAAUGUUCUUCAUCCACUCCAUAUCAGCGUUGCAGUCAGCCAUCCUGAUGACCAUGGCCUUUGACCGCUAUGUAGCCAUCUGUGAACCUCUGCGUUAUGCCACCAUCCUUUCCAAUAGUCGCAUUGGGCUCAUUGGCCUGGUGAGUUUAGUGAGAGCCAUCCUUUUCAUUCUGCCCAUGCCUGUCCUCCUCCAGAAGAUGCCCUUUCAUGUAAAUCACGUCAUCCCCACCACCUACUGUGAGCACAUGGCUGUGGUGAAGAUGGUGUGUGUGGACACCACAGUCAACAGGAUAUAUGGUCUCGUGGUGGCCUUGUUGGUUGCUGGGCUGGACAUCUCAGCUAUUGCUUCAUCAUAUGUGCUUAUCAUCCGGGCUGUACUGCGACUAUCUUCUAAGGAAGCCCACCACAAAGCAGUCAACACCUGCACCACACACAUUUGUGUCAUGCUUAUCUCAUACACUCCCUCGCUGUUCUCUUUUCUCACUCACCGCUUUGGUAGGGGAAUUGCACCCCAUGUGCACACCAUUCUUGGGAACCUCUACUUCCUUGUUCCUCCAAUGCUCAAUCCUAUUAUUUAUGCAGUGAAAACCAAAGAGUUUCGGGACAAAUUGACCAAAUACGGGUGCUGGAAGAAGGACCCUGUAACCAUAACCCAUGGUCAGAAGCCUGUCUGA